GACUCGGACGAUCAGGAGAUCGAAGCGACGGAGCUGCGGAGGCUAACGCACCUCCCCGUCGUCUCACACGUCUUGACUGACGAGAAACCAAUCAUCUAUUGGUAUGAUCCCGUCAAGAAGUUCUGGAGGCACCACGUUCGCAUUUCUGUGCCCCACGAUGAUUGCCGGGAUCACCUUGCGAACGAGCGCACCUUCCUCGGCUACCUUCGUGACUCAAUCGCCCUCUCCAUCAUGGGAAUCAUCAUAGCGCAGCUCUAUCGCUUGGAGCACUCUCCCCACCCUAGCAAGGUGUACGGCUACUAUGUCCUCAGCAAGCCAGUGGCCGUGGUCUUCCAAAGCGCUGCAUUAUGCAUGAUAUCGAUCGGAGCGAUCCGGUUCUUCCGCCAGCAGAACGCAAUGGCGGUAGGGAAAGCUCGCUCCGGAGGUUGGGAGAUUCUCUUCAUCAGCUUGGGAGCCUUC